GCUCCCUGGAGAUCUGUUCAGCCGCACUCACCUGCUUUACUGUCCUGUGUAAGGGCGCAGCCAUGGAGCAGCGAGGACUGCGAUGGGAGGUGCAGUCCCCCGGCCCCUACUCGCAUGAAACCAUCAGAAGAUACGUUGUGCAGGGCCCGGAGCAGGUGCAGGAGAUGCAGGCCCCGUACACGCAGGGAACAAUACGGCGUUACAUCGUGCAGAACCCUGAAACGGAAAUGCAGUCGUAUCCUCAGGAGACUGUGCGCCGAUACAUAGUGCAGAAUCCGGAGCAGGAAAUGCAGUCGUAUCCUCAGGAGACUGUGCGCCGAUACAUAGUGCAGAAUCCGGAGCAGACUUAUAUGAAAGGGGUGAAUUACUUGCCGUCCAAUAACGUCAUCUAUGAGAAGACCAUCCGCCGAGUGGAGGUGGGGAAUCCUGAGGAUUGUCAGACCCAGAUAAGAGGGAUGAGCGUCUCUUCAGUUACCGACCAAGUGAUUGAACAGAGCAACCAGAGGAAGGUCUCCGUCCAGUCCUCCGAGGACCUGAUAUCGGAGAAGAACUAUCAGCAGAAGGUGACGGUGCAGAACAUCGAACAGCAGCGCAGCAGCGUCAGUUCCGGCCCGGAGCAGCUGGACGCCCGUUAUUUUGGUGAACUGUUGGCAGAGCUCAGCAGGAAGAACAAUGAUCUGUACGGCUGUUUGUUGCAGCACGUGGAGAAGAUUGGCGCCAGGAAGCCGUCGGACUCUGAAUAUCAGUCGGAGGAUAUUGAAUCGCUGAUCCCUAGAGGUGUCUCUGAACUCACCAAGCAGCAGAUCCGCUACCUUCUCCAGAUGCGGCAGACGUCAGAUAAGUCGAUGAGGCUGGUGCUAUCUACCUUCUCCAGCCUGCGGGAAGAUCUGGGGCAUUUACAGAGUGAUAUGAAUAAAUUAGAACUAGAUAGGAAAAGCCUGGAGAAGGACUUGACCUUCAAGGACGAGCAGAUCAAGGAGUACGAGACCAUUUUAGCUUCUCUACGGGAAAAGAAUCGCCAGCAGCAGCAAGAACUAAAAGAAGGUCAGAUAAAGUUGCACAGCUUGGAGGAAGUCAUCCUGUCCUUGCGCGGUGCGGAGAGUGACAAGGAUUAUCGCUUAAAGGAGCUGGAAUACGCCAAGAACGCUUUGCAGCAGGAGAACAGGAACCUCCGCGUACAGGUCACUGAAACGGUCUCCAGCCCCCUGCUCCAGACCAAGACGGAUGAGAUCACCAGACACUACAAGGAGAUGAUUGACAGCCUCCGAGAUGAGAAGGACAAGGAGAUCCGCACUUUACGGUCCCAGGUCUCCAAGUUCCAGCACGAUGUGAUGACUCGGGAAGGAAGCAGCAGCGACUUACAGAUGAGGCUGCAGGAGCUGACGUCCUUCCUGGAGGAGAGAGACUCCCUCAUUAGGAGGCAGCAAGAGGAGCUUUUUAGAUUGCGCCAACAGAGAGACUCCAGCAGCGUCACCCAGGAGGUCAUCACAAGAAAGUACAGCAAUAAUUACCCCAUCCUCCGGCUGCUCUCUGACUAUAAGGACAAGAGUCCUUCAACGGGAACACAGACCAUCGUCAUAGAGCGACGACAAACGUCCAAACACGACUGAAGACGCAGCUGCUGACAGGUCUCAUCUGGGGGUGACGCGAGGCGCGCGACGUCCUAUCAGAGGUUCCGUCCGGGAGCCUCAGGCCUCGCACACACACGACUGCUAACCUCAUGGAAGGUUCCCUGUCUGAAUCAGAUUUGGCGUUUGGGGUCUUUCUUUAGCCGCAUAACCCAGAAGACAGUGGGGGACACUUAUCAAUCAUGACGCAUUUUGCGCCAGAAAAAUCCUUACAUCACGAAGCAAAAGUCGUGAUUUGUUUCGCCUCUUUUUAUCAAAAGGCGCCGCUGGUUUUAAGAUGUGUCUUGUAUUUGUAGGCUGAUAAUCCGCCACUUUAUAAACUAAUGCCACAUACUUUAUGCCGAAGGGUUAAAAUACGACAUUUAAUUGUAGUUGCGACAAUCCGCGCUCAACUGAUUAUUUUUAUUUUUUUAUAAAAGUCACAUCCAUCUGAUCUUCUGCCGUGUGCCUUUAACAGUUUACACUACCGCAGAAACGCGUUUAAGCUACCGCCACAUUUUGCACCUUUUAAGCCGAACAUAAGUUGAUAAAUGGGGCGUAAUAUAUGGUAGCCCCGCCCACUUUGACAUUAAAAAAAAACUUUUCUGGUGCGUUUAAUUUCUUUUGAUGAAACUUAUACAUAGAACAUUUUAAUAUAUUUGGUGCAAAUCAAAACACCAUUAUUUUUUGGCGCACUUUACAACAUGAUUAGUAAUGAUCCCCCAUUGUGUACGCUGCUGUAUUACAUAUCAGAAUAGAUAUAGAUUAGCGCAGUCAAUUAUAAGUGGGGGUGAAAUUCGGGAUUAACCCCACAGAGAUACUUGUGGAGGUCCGGGCAGGCGAGUUGUACGUUGCUGUGUGCAGGGCCCCCCACUGCCUGUACCCGGCGGUCACUGCGAUACGUCUUUCUCCAUUCGCUGUUACUUUGUAACGGAAAUAACUUGUUUCCUAAUGCAGCCCCUCACAGGGGACCCUGCACGCAGCAGCCCGUAGCUUGGCUUCCUGGAUUUCAUACGGUAUGAUUUGGGCUCAGAUGGGGUCGUAGUUUGGUGCGUGUCUGUGUGUGCGAGGCAUGAGGCAUAAUAACACCGGACUGGAACUCAUCCCGACCCAUGGAUGUCUCUGUAACGCUACUUACCCCCGGAGCCUGUGCGGAGGUCCCACCAGAGGCGGCAGACGCUCCAUGUCUUAUACCCUGUAUUGUAUGGUGGGGGGCAGACUCAUUACUGUGGUUUACAUGAAAUGCUAAUAUCUGUAGGGGCUGUUCAUGGAAUUCAUUUGCUGGGCUAUUUUAUAGGGGAAAAAACAUUCAGGAAUAAAAAUGCAAUUUUUUUUUAAAGGGUUAAAACUGAUGGCGAUAAUUUGUCUGUGUACUGAAAAAAAAACCCGAAUGUCCUCCAGGUUAAAUGUACAUGGGCUUUGGGAUGGUUCUGCAGCUAUUCAGCUUCCUGACCAUACUGCUGGAGAAUAGUGGAGCUCAGAUGAAAUGUGGCUGCAGCUUGUGCUGUGACUAGGAUUUGACAGAACGUCCAUGUCUGUUUUAUUUUUUUUAAACCUUGUCCUUGGUUUUGAGGCACCUGUGUAAUGUCCACUGGAAGAAAUCCAGAUCCCAAGAGAAAGUUAAGAACCAAAGUUUUUUUUGUUUUUUCCUAAAAGUCAUUCAAGGAACUCAACCAAGACCUGCUUCUUAUAAAACACCUCUUGCUAUACUCCAUUCACAACCAGAGCUGCAUCCACAAUUCAAUUUUUUUUUACAAUGGGGCAUGUGUGAAGUUGCAAUAUGUUAAAGGGACUCAGCCCAAAAUACCUUCAUUUGUACAGUGCCAUGAAAUAAAUAACUUAAAGGGGUAGGCCACCUUUUUGGAACCUGCCUCAUGGCCAGACCUGCAAAAGGGAGGCAUACUUACCUGCUCCCUGUUGUAAACAUCCACUUUAACACCGCUGCAGCCAAUCCCUGGUCACAGCGGUCAGCAGCCCCUCAUGUGUCAGGUCACAACUGCAGCAGCGUCAAAGCAGAUGUGGGUAUUGGGUGACCAUAGCGGGGAGCAGGUAGGUGCGCUUCCCUAUUGCAGGUCUGACCAGACCCCUUUAAUAUAUUUCACUACAAAUAAUUUCUUUGUGUUCUAUGUAGAUUUAACCUGUGAAAUGCCUGCUGGUUGCAGUUUUCCUCCUUCUUUGCAUUUAUACGUCUGAAUGUUACAGAACUCUCUAUACCUGGGACGAGUUUACUUUCUAUGUGGAGGGAACCCGGGCCUGGCUCCUGGCUGGUACCCGAUACCGGACUGGGAACGUUGCUUUGCUCGCUGGUAGUCGUGUAUAUUUUGCAUUAACCGCUGCAUUUUGUAGGCCAAUGCUGAUGAUUAAAAACCGCUGUGGAAUGUAUUCUAAAAUUAAAAAACAAAACAUGA